CGAGCAUCGUGACCCAAACAGUGACACCGAUACUAUCGUACUGCGAUUGCAGCUGAGUGUCCUCCAUGGCCACUGCUUUGGCUGCGCUUCAAUUCGCCUUCGUUUCUCCAGCCACUUCCAAAAAGUUCGCAUAUCCCCAGUUUUUCAGCUCUUCUGGGCGUAGGAAUGGCGUACAAUUCGUGCAUUGUGCAAAUGCUUCCAUUUCAAGAAAUGGCCGAGGUGCUUUUGAUCCAGAGUUGCGUUCGGUGCUUGAACUCGCAACGAAUUCCGAAUUGUAUGAGCUUGAACAAAUCCUCUUCGGUCCCAGUUACUUCAGCCCUUUGAUGAAGUCGAUUACAAACAGAGGCCAAACUGACUAUGCCAUGAUUGAGGAAGACCUUGAAGAGAGAGAUGAUUUUAUUUCUAUGCUAGAGUCUCGAUUCUUGUUCCUAGCUGCUGAUGCCCGAUCGACAUUAAGGGGUUGGAGACCAUCUUAUAGAGAUGUCUUGCUUACAGUGAGAAAGAAGUUAAACGUUCCUUGCUCAACCAAGUUGUCAUCUGAAGACCUUGAAGCAGAAAUCUUUCUUCAUUUGUUACAGGAAUAUUCAAGUGAAGAAUCAGUAAGGCAGUCUAACCUUGAAGGCAGUCUACAACUUGGACUCGAUCGGUGGAAGGUCCAAACUUUAGCAGCUACAGAUGGAGCCUCUGACCUGCGGUCCCUGAUAUUAAAGGGUGGUAGUCUGAUAACUGCGGUUAGAAUGUUUCAAAUGUUUGCUAGGACAUUAUCUGGGAAGGUGUUCAAAGAAGCUGCCAACUAUCAAAUUAAAAAGGAAAUUAUCAAAAAGGGUGGACAAUUAGCUGCAGCCAAUCUUGAGUCAAGAGUGGCCUUGCUCGUUGCCCAAAAGGGUCUUGCAGGUGCUGCUUCAAGAUAUCUGGGUUUCAGAAGCGUGAUGACUUUGCUUGGCCCAAUGUUUUGGGGAACAUUUCUGGCGGAUAUUGUCAUUCAAAUGAUGGGAACUGAUUAUGCUAGAAUAUUACGAGCAAUUUAUGCUUUUGCACAGAUCCGCAUUACUCGCACGUAUAGACUAUCAUCGUCUGCGAGCGACGAAAAGAGAGUUUAAGCUUUCAGAUGCUGCAUUACAUUAAGAUCUUGCUUGGCUUCUCGAACUGCGUCUCUCUGUAGUGGUUUUCUUGUUGCCCAUCAUCACCACCUAGAAUACAAACCUUUGAUUAAACAAGCUUUUUGAAUGCCUCCAUCGUUGUAUAUAUCAAGCUCACUUGAACUCACAUAUCCAAAUAUUUUGUAUUUUUUCCACUUGUAUUUGCCAUUUGAUCUGCUAAGAGUUUAAUUAGCAACAUAAUGGAUGUUUAUAUUAAAAAAUUCACGAUACAAGCCAUCGUGUGGAAAUGACUUUAUAUACCUAUAUCAUCGGUGGUUUAGGUUGGAUUA